CUGCUCCUCCUCCGUUCUCUCCCCCUCGAGACGCGGACGUCAAUGGCGGUGCCUCUCUUCAACCUCGCUCCCGAUCUCUCCGUCUCCAGGCUCUGCUUAGGAACCAUGACUUUCGGGGAGCAGAACUCGAUGUCGGAGUCGUUCCGCCUUCUCGACCACGCCUUUGCCGCCGGGAUCAACUUCUUCGACUCCGCCGAAAUGUAUCCAGUGCCUCAGCGUGCUGACACUCAGGGCCGGAGCGAGGAGUAUCUCGGCCGUUGGGUUAGAGACCGGAAAAUCCCUCGCGAUCGAGUUGUAUUGGCCACAAAGGUGAGUGGACCAUCUGGGCAAAUGACUUGGAUUAGGGACGGGCCAAUGUGUUUGGAUGCUUGGAACAUAUCCAAAGCCAUUGACAAUAGUUUAUUGAGAUUGAGGACCGACUACAUCGAUCUUUAUCAAAUACAUUGGCCUGAUCGAUAUGUGCCGAUGUUUGGAGAGUUUGAGUAUGAUCCAACCCAUCAGUACAGUGCAAUUACGGUAGAGGAACAACUUGAGGCACUUGGUAAAGCCGUUGCUUCUGGUAAGAUUAGAUAUGUUGGACUCAGUAAUGAAACACCUUAUGGUGUCAUGAAAUUCCUCCAUUUUGCCGAGAGAUUUCCUUCCUAUCCUAAGAUUGUGUCGGUGCAGAGUUGCUACAGUUUGCUCUGUCGAACUUUCAAUUCAGGGAUGGCAGAAUGUUGCCAUCACGAGAGGAUCAGCUUAUUGGCCUACAGCCCUCUAGCGAUGGGUAUACUUUCUGGUAAAUACUUUUUACCUGAUGGUGGACCACCGGAUGCUCGGUUGAAUCUUUUUAAAGGGAGGUAUUCAGAAGGAGAAUCAAGGUACAACUUGUCCAAUAGUACCGUGACGGCAGCAGUCAUGGGGUACCUUAAAAUUGCAGACAAGUAUGGUCUACGUCCUGUAGCACUGGCAAUUGCCUUUGUUUUGAGACAUCCUCUGGUAGCAAGUGCUAUAUUUGGCGCAACAAAGCGUCAACAGCUCCAGGAGGUUCUUGAUGCAUGCAAUGUGGAGCUCAGUCCUGAAAUAGUCGCAGAAAUCAAUCAAAUUCAUGCGAAUUUUCCAAAUCCUUGUCCCUGAUCAGUUGCUUUCUUGCUUUUAUUUAUUAGUCCAGUGCAUUAUCAUCAUUUUCUUCAGUCAGCUAGGCUUGGAGAACUAGAGAAUGCAGGGGCCCAUCCGGCUUUGCCCCUUGACAUUACUUGAAGAAUAUGGUUGAGCUAUGGUGCUUGGAAAUGCUUGUAUCGCGGCAAAGAAGGGAGAAAGAGGCUGGAGCAAACAGAUGUUAGAGGGAACAGAGCCUUAUAUUUCUUCACCUUGUUUGAACAGGGGAUAACAUAGAAACCAACGUCUGGUAUCCUUGACUAAGUACUUGAAGCUGCCAGUAUUGAUUUGCGGAAAUUAUUCCAUGGAACAAUGAUCGUGAAAGAAAAUGUAGAAUCCCUUUGUACUGUUUAUUACAUAUUUCAUUGAACUAUCUAUAUACCUGUGUCUCAAUGACAUCGUGGAUAUAUGGCCCAUCGUUUACAUGUAUUAGAUAUUUCCGUUAGUUGGAUUUUCUCUUCUUCUUUCCUUUUGGGAAAA